AUGGCCGCUCAUAAAGAUUUCGACCUGUCCUCUCUGGCCAACAUGGAUACGGCCCCGGCUACCUUCACCACGGUUUCCCACAGCAGCACGUACCGAGCCAUUGACCCUGCACGGCCUGAGCUGGCCCAGGCCGGCCGGACUGUGCUGAUUACUGGUGGUGGCACUAACAUUGGAAAGGCUAUUGCAACGGCCUUCACCACGGCCCAUGCCAAAACGGUCAUCAUUGUCAGCCGCAACAAGGCUGUUCUGGAUGCGGCUGUUGAGGAGCUCAAGUCGUACGCCACCAGCAUCGAGUCGCCCACAACGUUCCUUUCCCGGUCUGUGGACGUGUCCAAGGACGACGAGGUAGUUGGCCUCUGGGACUGGCUCGCGGCCGAGGCUAUUUCCAUCGAUAUCCUGGUGCUGAACGCCGCCUACCCUGCCGAGGCCAAGCUGCUGCACAACCUGGGCAUCGAAACCCUGUGGCGCGAGUUUGAAGUCAACGUCAAGGGCGCGCUGCACUUUGCUGAGAAGUUCCAGAAGCAAAAGGACUUUUUCAAGAGCCCCAAGACACUCCUCCACCUAACCACCGGCGCCAUCCACAUGCUGAAGAAUCCGAUCGUGGCCGUGCGGCCCUCGUAUCCGUUGACCAAGUCGACCGCCACGUUUGCUAUUAUGCAGAUCGCUGAUGCCUACAAGCCCGAUCAGCUGCAGGUCCUCAAUUUCCACCCGGGCAUGCUGUACGGCGACGACUGGAGGAACUUUGGCAUCACCGAGGACAUGCUGCCCUUCGACUCCGUUGAUCUGCCCGGCUCAUUUGCCGUCUGGGCUGCCUCCAAGGAGGCCCACUUUCUGCAUGGCCGCUACGUGGCCGCCAAUUGGGACGUCGACGAGCUGCGCACCGGCGACUUCAAGAAGCAUCUCGAGGAAAACCCCGAUUACCUGCGUCUCGCCAUUGUCGGUGUCCGUGAUACAGGUCGUGCCUACUAG